AUGUCGCUGGGCGCGCGUCGCUACAGCAGCUCACGCGAUAUAGACAAUGAUGACCGUUUACGACUCCCGGAUCAAGGAGGGGCAUACUCUAGCAGCUAUCGUGAGGUCCAAUACUUGAACAUCCCGCGUUCGGGUGGUGGGGACUACCGCCGAUCGAGUUCCGCCACACGCCAGGCUGUUCCUGUCUACGAGGUUGAUGUGAUAACCAGACGGACCUCGAAUAUUGACAUCGCAUCUGCCUGUAACCCAGCGCGGCCACGUUCACCAUCUGGAGAUUCAUCGCCGCGACCAGCAUCCAUCAGGCCGCCGCCAUCGAUACGGCAUGCGAGCGAGGCUGGCAGUGGCGGCAACGGCGGACAGAAGAUCGCUUCAUUCCGAUACGGACCGCUGGAUAGAUCUGUCAAAGGUCGAAUCCGGAUCCUACGCGUUCGACCAGAAAAGGAGAACGGACUCAUUUCUUGCGAGUUGACUCGUAGUGACAUCAAGGCCACUUACUCGGCUCUGUCUUACACAUGGGCUUCGUCUGGAAAGUCUUCUGGUGUUGACAGCAAUGAGCUGAUCUUGUUGAACGGGAAGCCAUUUCCUGUGAGAGAGAAUUUAUUUGCAUUCUUGAGGCAUGCAAGAAAGUAUCUGAGAAACAAGCCGUUAUGGGUAGACGCUAUCUGCAUCAAUCAAGAAGAUGUCGAGGAAAAGAAUCAGCAAGUAGGUAUGAUGUGGAAAAUCUAUUCUUUCACGAAGGAAGUCCUUGUCUGGCUUGGCCCGUCGAGUCGGGACUCUGACCAUAUUGAGCAUGCUAUCAAGAAGAUGAAGGAGUAUGCAGAUACUAACGACAUGUCAAUGGCGAUAAGUUCCGCCAGCGAUGAUGAGUUCUGGAGGGGAUUCCGGGACAUCAAUAGCGCGUUCUACUGGGAUCGGGUAUGGGUCAUCCAAGAGUUCACACUGCCAUCUCAUGGCAGAAUCAUCCAGGGGAAUGAUUGGGUCACCUUCGAUGUAUUUCAAGACACGAUCCGACGUUUCGACAACAAGAUCUACAGGGGAGCCCUUACUAACGUGGUCUUCUCUUCUAAACGUCGUGAUGAUUUCAACGACUACAUGUCGAACAUCCAUCCACUGUGGCAGCGGCGGCUUUCGUACAAGCGUGAGAGCUCACGUGUUCACAAAGACGCCGAUUGGACCACCCUAUCUGGCGUUCGGCAUUGUCAGGAUCUCAGGGACCGGGUAUACGGUAUCAUGGCGCUGUCCACCCAUGGCAACUCGUUGCGAGUCGACUACGAGCUCACCCCGUUCGAGCUGCUCCUUGAAUCCAUCUGGCUGGAGCAUGACUCCGACAUUGAUCGUACGGAUAUCGUCAUGAAUCUCGCCAACAUUCUGCUUCUUACGCCUGCCUCCAUUUGCAUGUACGCGGACAGUGCGACUUCGCAUUCGAAGUGGGUGCUUCACAGGUGCAACCUGACACGGCGUUCUGGAACCAAGGAGCUGCAAGCACUCCACCUCAGCGCAGCUGCUAACAGUAGGGGAAAGCGCCGGUGGCUGGAGGCCUCGACAUCAGAUGAGAAAGAAGUCCAUUGGCGGAACUUCGCAAGCCUCAAAGACCGAGGAUCACUGAAAGUGCCGAAAGGCUGGCCGGUUUUCCCAAGUCGGAAACAGUGCCCCUGGCAGAUGUUCGUCUACGCCGUCACUAAGGAAGGCAAAUGGGGCUUGAAACUAGCCAUCGACGGUGACAUUCCUACCGACGCCAAAAGUAAGAACGACCGGCGGCGGAGUCGGUCCCGCAGUCGCAGUCGCAGCCGCGAUCGGAAGCGUGACUCAAGCCGCAGGCGAAGCAGGUCUAGACGGAGGAAUGCUUCGAGAAGCUCCGACGAGAAGGACAAAUCCAGCAAGAAAGAUCCUCGGGGUUCUGUGAUUGCGGAUGGCUAUAUGUCGCCAGAGGAGUUCAUGAGCGUCAAUGCAAAAAGAGCCACGGCAUUGGGUGUCUACAGGACGACUUGUGCCCCUGUCGAAAUGACUGUCUACUAUGCGCUGGCACAGGGGCUGGAGGGUGUCGGGCCAUCAGACAACAAGGCGGGUGCUUUCGAGGAGGUGCUCGAACACCUGGAGUUCUGA